AUGAAAUUCGCUAUUGUUAACUUUUUCACUUUGGCCUUGGCUUUGGGUGUUCAAUCAUCCAUUAUUCCCUGGGGUGGUGUAGUGACACAAGUUGCUGGUGGUCAUCUGGCACACACAUCUGUUAUAGCCCCACAUGGUUUACCUUGGGGUGGUGCUGUUGUAGUCGGUCAUUCACCAGCUGCAGUUCCUGCUGCUAUCUCCGUACACGGUCCUGGCUCUGUAGCUGUACAUGCAUCCGCUGCUGUACAUGCACCCGCUUCUGUAGCUAUACACGCUCCCACUGCUGUACAUGCACCAGCUUCUGUAGCUGUACACGCUGCCACUGCUGUAGCUGUACAUGCACCAGCUGCUAUUCCCGCUGCUGUACAUGUUCCCGCUGUUGUCGGUGGUCACGCUAGUUAUGUUGCCAAAACUCGUGGUGCUGUUCACUCUGCUCCCUUGGCUGGUCAUCUCAACUCGGUAGCCAAUGUUAAUGCUGCUCCAGCACCUGGAACCUGGUAA